AUGGUUACAACAAAGGUCAAAGGUGGAAUUGAUAAGACCUUAUUUGUAAAGAGUGUCAAAGGAAAAUUGAUGAUUGCGCAGAUAUAUGUUGUUGACAUUGUCUUUGGCGGAAUGUCAGACCAGAUGGUAGAACAUUUUGUCAAACAAAUGAAAUCUGAGCUUGAGAUGAGCAUGGUAGGUGAACUAAACUACUUUCUGGGCUUGCAAGUGAAACAGAUGGAGGACUCUAUGUUCAUUUCUCAGAUUGGGGUUUGUGCUAGGUAUCAUGUUGCACCUAAGGAAAGUCAUAUUCUACAAGUCAAGAGGAUCAUUAAGUACAUCGGUGGAACUAUUGACUAUGGUACUUUUUAUGCUCACAACAGUGAUCCUAAGUUGAUAGGUUAUUGUGAUGCAGAUUGGGCAGGAAAUGCAGAUGACAGAAAAAGCACCUCAGGAGGGUGUUUCUUCUUGGGAAAUAAUCUCAUUUCUGGGUUCAGCAAAAAGCAAAACUGUGUUUCCUUGUCUACAGCUGAGGCAGAGUACAUUGCUACUGGGAGUGGUUGCACCCAAUUGAUGUGGAUGAAAUAA